AUGGCCACAGCUCCGGUCGGGGUACAGUACGGUUUCUCCAGUGAAAACCAAGAAUGGGUCCCACCACCGCGGAGAGUCAAGCUGUCCGAUGAAGGCGUGUACAUGGCAUUCAAGACCAUGACAGCAGUGGAACGAGCCGAUACUUUCCCAGGGGACUUUGACAGACACGGUCACGUCCGAGCCACGCGAAACCCCGAAGACCCCACGCCCAGCUUUCGUCCGGCGCACUUGACGAGCCUAUAA